AUGGAAAUGUAUCCCAGCUGGACCCCUCUGCCUCGUGCGAGCAUAGAUGAAUCUGAUGACAGAAUAACCGCAGCAAAACGUAAAAUUUCAUCUCGCGGGGCUCGGCACCGCAUGUUUGAUUACUACAAUUCGGAUCCAGAUGAAGUAGGAGAAGCCAGCAAAUUGACUGAUGACAAUUUGAAGAAAACAAUAGAACGUCAGGCCACGGCACUGUUCAAUGAUGAGACUGCCUUGUCCAAAAUGAUCCAACAAAUGGAGGCCUAUUAUCUGACUUACGGAAGACCAAGCAGUAUGCUCAAAUUCCUAAGCAUUCUUAUUGAAAGUGCGAUUGUCCGUGAAUGGAACGUCAAACUCACAAAACAAUGA